AUGGACAACUUCGAGGGAACCCUCUUGGUCCCUCCCGACCGGGGCCAAAUUUUGGGCAGGGCAGUUUGGAAGCCUCGCUAUGUUAUCGUGGGUCGCAGGCCAACUACUUUCCCCCGGGAACAUCAGAGUAGCCCUAGCUACUCUGGGCUCAUGUCCGCCAGUCGCAUUGUCAAUAGCAGCUCCAAGUCAAGCCCGAAAGCACUCAUGGAUGAACCCAGCAUUGCGAUUUUCAAGUCCAAGGAUGAAACGGAACCUAUUCAACAAUGGCCGAUCAGUUGUGUGGUGGAUUGCCAGGUUCAGAUGCUGGCGAAACGCAAGCAGAGCCAUGUGCUUCCCACUCUUGUCAUAACCCUGUCUGAUAAAGAACGAAAGAGGCGAUCUAGUCGAGCUGGAAGUCUUCUUCCUGCCAACAAGGAUAGUAGCUCGACCUCCCUUUGGUUCCGCUCAACCCCUGAAGAGCCUUAUCCUACUCUCCAAGAUUGGGCAAGGUACAUCAUGUCCAGAAAGCGACCGAUGAGCCCCGACGAAAGUCCUAUAACCCCCACCUCAUCGGUUACUUUCUCUCCACGACAACGAGACGCAUCCGAUUACUUCCCUCGCCCUGGAAGCGGCCCGGCGAACCGAAGUCUUCAUCACAAGAGCUCCAAUGCAACAUAUUCGUCUGGUGUAAAGGAACGACCUACAACCUUUAGUUCCGAGUCUCCCAGCUUGAGAUCAAAACGAAGCGACUUGUCUUCGCCGUCGAGUAACUUCCCAGGCUCGCACCAGGUGAACUUCGGUGUGCCGUCUCAGUACUAUACCACAGUGUUACCGACAGAUCUUCCUUCGCCUGUAACCACAACAGGGGACUAUCAUGGGGAUUUUAUCGAAGGGUGGACUUCUGCUCAGGGGCGCACCUCAACAAUGAGUUCACCCGUUCAGGGACGUGAUAGCAUUAGCUACCAUGCUCAUAAGACUUCCUUGACGAGCUCCAGCUCUCCCCCAAUGCCCAGGGAGACCAUUCUCGACAGGGCUUUCCAGAUGAGAAGCAUGUCGGCAUCGGAACAAAUCCUGCCUGGUGAGGAGAAACUCAGCUCUGUCGCUCGGUUCGAUGCUCUUAUGCGUGAUAUGGAUGAGAAGCGCAAACAGAGAGAAGCUGCAGAACGUUCCGAGAAUUUGGCGAUGCGAAGUGCAUUCGAAGCUGACGAUAGUUCAAACACCGAUGAUUCUGAAGACACCGACUCCGAUGACGGUAAUUUUGCCUCAAGGGACGAUCACUAUCAACCGCCUCUGGUAGCACCCUCAACACAUCGCACAAUAGGAGAGCUUCCGUCUUCCUGCCGACCCGGUAUGUCGCGGCAAAACCUGAGCUUCCAUGCCAAGGCCACACCCAAUAGCGUACUUCAGGAAUCCAUACAUCGGCCACAAACUGCGAAUGAGAAGAAUCGCCGUGGAACCCAAAGGGCCCAGAGUACUCAGUUUCUCACAUCGCCAUCCGGUGCGGAGCUGGCCACUGCAGCUUCUCCUGAGGAUGCUCUGAUGCGUCUCAGUGGGGAUCACCGCCAAUCCAUCUCCAGCGCGAAAAGGUUGAGUUUUACCGAAUUCACAAAAAGGCUGUCCAGCACCAGUAGCUUAUUGCUAGUCCAGACGAACGCUAGCGGGGGCAGUAGCCGACGAAGCAGCGAGAUCGAUACCAACCAGGCGUCCGUUCCCCGGGCGAAUCUGAAGGCUCAUUACCAAGGUCCAGGACCCAGGGAGCGAAAUCGAAUACGGGAUGACCAAGAAAAGAGAUGCAGUUGGCGGGGUGGCAUGGGAGUCGAGGGCGGUUUUUUCUAA